AUGAACUAUACUAUUUACAAUAUUAAAUCUGGUAAGUUUGAGAGUCAAAUGCUUCAAAAAUCAAAUACAAUUAAAGUAAAAGCAGACGAAGCCUUAGUUAUUACAUCAAAGAGUCUCUUUUUAUUACAAAAGUUGGAGGUGACAUCAAUAACUCUUGAAACAAUACUUGAUCGCCAAUACACAUUCAAUUAUGGUCCAUACUAUAAAACUACGCAAUACAACAUCUUCAACGAUGCAAAGGAUGGAAACCAAAAAUCUAGUAAUGCAAGCCCAAUAACCAUUACAGAACUCACGCCAGGUGUAGUUGACAUCAUGUUUUAUGGAGGCAUGAAAGAAUUCGAUGUCAAGGCAAACACGAUUGUAACCAUCUGCAGGACAAAAGGACAAGCAGGUGUGACAGGUUCUGCUGAUGGCAAAGAGUUUACUGCAGCUACUUCAAUGAUAAUUUUCAACAAAAACGGCAAAAUUUCAUUGAGUUCAAGUUUAUAUCCAGUAGUUAGAGUCUCAAUUGUUAAAUUCGAAAAUCUACCAAAGUUCGAAAAAGUUUUAUCAUUUUUUGGACCAAAAAAGCUGCGAGUUAAGAAUGGAGCAGCCACAGCGACACUAGAUGAUGUUGUUUUCCCAGAAAGGAAAAUCUUGUUUGUUGUUCCAAAUCCAUACAAAAUGAAGCCUGAAGUCUUCAAAACUGGAAAUUUCCUUAAUUCGACUUGUUAUAACAGACAAGGUGAACUCGGUGAAUUGUCCGUGUACCCAGGAAUGUGCUUCCUGGAAUUUUCGAAAGAUGCAACGGCGGAAGACUAUUUCCAAAUUUACUACGAUAUUAAAAGCGAAAGUCCAUAUCAAAGCAACUCUUAUUACCUAAAUGGUACGGAAGGAGUAAUGAGUGUUGGCGAUUAUUCGUCUGCGGGAGUGGAUGAUAAUGAAGAUUUUUGGCAUAAAUACAAGAAUUACAUAUUUAUUGCAGUCGGAGUGAUUGUUUUGAUUGUAUUAAUUGCAGCCUGUUGCUGUUGCUGCAAGAAGAAAAAGAAAGAUAAUUACUAUUCUUCAGAGUCUUCAAGUGAUUAUUAUUCAUCUGAAGUUUAG